CAGUAAUGUACUGUUUGAUUGCGUAGUAUCGCUUCGCGCAUAUCAAUAAAAUUACUGUCAACACUGCCGAGCGAGCAAUUUUGGUGGUCAACACUCACGUCUAACGUCAUAAAGACAAACUGACAAAUAGCGCGCUGGUGCUUGUGUGUGAAUGUGAUUUUUGGUUGUUAAAAAUUAAAAUUUGUACUCGGGGUGCGGACAGAGAGUUCCAUCAUGAGUGCAAUAAUGAAAGUCGCCGUAUCCCGAAGCCCUGCCUCGCUGGCUUCUUAUCUUUACCGAAAUCUCCACUUGUCGGUUGGAGGUGCCACACCAGCCAAGGAUGCAUCAAGCAACUCAAAUAUGACUAAAGCAUACACAGUGAUUGAUCACAAACAUGAUGCCCUGGUUAUUGGAGCAGGCGGGGCUGGUCUCCGAGCUGCCUUCGGUCUUGUUCAAGAAGGAUUCAAAACAGCUGUUGUUACUAAACUGUUUCCUACCAGAUCCCACACUGUCGCUGCUCAGGGUGGAAUUAAUGCUGCUUUAGGUAACAUGGAAGAAGACAGUUGGCUCUGGCACAUGUAUGACACAGUCAAGGGUUCAGAUUGGCUUGGAGACCAGGACGCCAUCCACUACAUGACUAGGGAAGCGCCGCACGCGGUCAUCGAGCUUGACAACUACGGUAUGCCAUUCUCCCGCACCCCCGAGGGCAGGAUCUACCAGCGCGCCUUCGGUGGACAGUCCCUCAAGUUCGGCAAAGGCGGACAAGCGCAUAGAUGCUGCGCUGUCGCCGACAGAACCGGUCACUCUCUCCUGCACACCCUCUACGGCCAGUCGUUGAGGUACGACUGCGAAUACUUCAUCGAAUACUUCGCACUCGACUUGUUGAUGGAGGACGGCGUGUGCAAGGGAUGCAUCGCGCUCAACCUUGAAGAUGGAACUUUGCACAGGUUCCAAGCGAAGAACACGAUCCUGGCGACAGGCGGCACGGGCCGGUCGUACUUCAGCUGCACGUCGGCGCACACCUGCACCGGCGACGGCACCGCCAUGGCCGCGCGCGCCGGUUUGCAGAACGAGGACAUGGAGUUCGUGCAGUUCCAUCCCACUGGUAUCUACGGCGCCGGCUGUCUGAUGACGGAGGGUUGCCGCGGUGAGGGUGGAUUCCUGGUGAACUCGAAGGGCGAGCGGUUCAUGGAGCGGUACGCGCCGGUCGCCAAGGACUUGGCCAGUCGCGACGUCGUCUCCAGGGCUAUGACUGUCGAGAUUAUGGAAGGUCGUGGGUGCGGCCCCGACAAGGACCACGUCCACCUGCAGCUGCACCACCUGCCGCCCGAACAGCUGCGCCAGCGCCUGCCCGGCAUUUCCGAGACCGCUAUGAUCUUCGCCGGCGUCGACGUCACCAAGGAACCCAUCCCCGUGCUCCCCACAGUGCACUACAACAUGGGCGGCACGCCCACCAACUUCCGCGGAGAGGUGAUCACGCACUACAACGGCUCGGACCGCGUGGUGCCGGGGCUGCUGGCGGCGGGCGAGGCGUCGUGCGCGUCGGUGCACGGCGCCAACCGCCUCGGCGCCAACUCGCUGCUCGACAUCGUCGUGUUCGGCCGCGCCUGCGCACUCACCGUCGCGGAGACCAGCCGCCCCGGAGAUGCGCAGGCGCCGCUCAAGGAGUCGACGGGCGAGGCGAGUGUGGCCAACCUGGACCAGGUGCGGUACGCGGACGGCGCCGUGCCCACCGCCAAGCUGCGCCUCGCCAUGCAGCGCUGCAUGCAGACCAACGCCGCUGUCUUCAGGCAGAAGAGCACGCUCGAGGAAGGCCAGCGUCAAAUCCAUGAUAUCUACAAGCAGAUAAACGACGUGAAAAUAUCUGACCGUUCUUUAAUCUGGAACUCGGAUUUGGUGGAGACUCUGGAGCUGCAGAACCUGCUGAUCAACUCAGUGCAGAUCGUGGAGGGUGCGCUCGCCCGGGAGGAGUCGCGUGGCGCGCAUGCGCGAGAGGACUUCAAAACGCGCCGUGACGAGUACGACUACUCCAAGCCACUCGACGGCCAGACAAAGCUGUCGUUCGAGCAGCACUGGCGCAAGCACACGCUGGCGGAGACUGACCCGGCGACCGGCGCCACCAAGCUCUCCUAUCGACCCGUCAUCGACCACACGCUCGACCAGGGCGAGUGCAAGACCGUGCCGCCUGUCAUCAGGACGUACUAGACAAAUUGGUUCUGUUUCAGAUGAUAUCUCAUGGCGGUGCUGGCUGGGGCGGUGUUUCGGCACGCGACUGCCCACUGGAUUAGUAACAUUAUUUCGCCCCUAUUUAUACCAUUAUUUAUUGUAGUGUAGCAUGAGUUAAGCGUAACAAUUUACAACUUCAAGAAUACUCUCUAAAUUGUAAAACUAACACCGAAAACGAGUUCCAAAGCAGUCAUGUACAAAUUGAAUAGUGCCACAGAUGUUACCAUAUUAUGCUAUCGAGUUCAAACAACGCGCGAACGAGUGUUGUUUAUUUGUAAUAUAUUUGUUAAAGAUAAAUAGCAGCAUUUAUUAUGAUUUUAGAUGUAAUUAGUAGCUUCAGCAGCACCAAGGUACUUAAAUGUUAUGAUCUAAAUCCUAAUAUAGCUGUAAGUACCGACAGACGUGGAUUUCAACUUCAUUAACGUGUUAGGUUUACCUCAACGAGUAACAUUUACAUGCCUACAAUAUUGUGACGUUGUGAAAAAAAUAAUUAAUCUCUUGUAAUAAACAUUUAUAUUUGUAUACAGUUUGAAUUUAUAUAUAUUUUAACACAGCACAUGUUUUGCUGUUUAAUCAUAAUAAAUACCUCUAUUCCAGUCUUUAGAUUUUUAUUGUAUGUGUUAUAAACUACGUCUGUGAUUAUCUUCGAUUUCAAAAAAUAACGUAAACUUGUUAACACGUAUUUUAAAAUAAUGAAUGUUGUAUUGAUUCGUUAAUGUAUCAUUAUGUUCGCAGUAUUGCGGUGAAAUUAUAAUUAGGUCGUUGUACAACAUUGUAGUUGUUAAGUAAGCAGAAAUAUUAAAUAUAGUGUGAUUAUACAAACUGA